AUGGAUACCUCCAUCGUGGCGUCCCCUGAGCCCCAGGAUCCCCCAGACCCCCCAUCGGUGGAGACGACUUCAUCUCUGUCACCCAAACCGGUACUGGUUCGGAAGAGGGUGAAGAAACCCGAUCGCGUGAUAAGAUUGAAGAAGGUAUGUGAACAGUGUGGUAAGGCAUUUAACAAGUCCAGCAAAUACCUUCAGCAUCUACGCACACACAGGCCACUUCAACAGUGUGACAAAUGCAACUUCAAGACAAAAGAUACCAAGAGGUUUCGGAUGCAUGAAAUAUCACACAAGAAAGCUAAUCCUGAAGUGAGAUGCAACAUCUGCAAUGAACUCUUUGCAACAGAAGUCACACAGAGAAUUCAUAUGAAAAAAAUUCAUAACAUCCAUGUGUGUAAAUAUUGCGACGCAGAAUAUGACUUGGAGCGAAAAUUGUUUGAUCAUUUGGAACAGAAGCAUGGCCACAGAAGGGAGAAAAAGGGUUAUCUAGACCCAGAAGAAGCUGAAUAUGUAAAACCAAUCAACAUUUUUGUGGAUCCUCCCCCAGCCAAUGAGAAAAGGCAGUUUAUAUGUCGGCUGUGCAAUAAAGAAUCGAGGAACAAGUACCAGCUUAAAAUACACAUAGCCCAACAUUUAGGGGUCUCUAGCAACAAAAUCAGUGAUGACUUCCUACUAACACAGGAUGUCGAUCAUUUAAUCAAGGAAGGAGGAUUAUGCAGCUCAUCUUUUAAUCCUCGGGAUGUCACUCUUGAAAGUCUGGUACCUAUCUGCUCAUUGGAUAUGUCUGUUAACUCUUCUAUUAAAAGUGAGUUAGAUGCACCAUCUGAGGGUAAUAUCAGUGAUACUUUAAGUUCAACUAGCAAGACAGAUACAUCAUUAGAAAUUUUAUGCAAUUCAAUGAAGAGGUCAUUUGCUUCUACAUCAACUGCAUUUCCAACAAUGAAGCCACUUUCAGAUUCAUUUCCAACUAUUAAGCAGGAACCAUGUGAAGAUAGUUCAAAUGAACCAGACUCUGAUGGGGACCAUGAUGGAACUUCUUAUUUAAGCAAUUUUUCAGUCUUCAGAUGUGGUUUGUGUACACUCAACUUUAGUACCCCACAUGAAUAUAAUGUUCAUGUUGUUAGAAUGCAUCAGAAAUCCAAACAAACACAUGUAUCAAAGCAAAUGUUCGAACCCAAACGUGUGAGGCCAUCUUUUCCCUGUGAUUCAUGUAAAGUUGUGUGCAGAAGUGUAAAAACCUUGCGUGCCCAUGAGAGGAAGAAACAUAGGAAAACAUUCUCCUGUCCUGCAUGUCAUGUUUGCCAUAAGACCAUUGCAAGACUAUUACGACACCAGAAACAAAAACAUAAAAACAAGAUUCGUUGCCGGAUCCAGUGUGGGGCGCUUUUUGACACCGAGGAGGAAUCGUUUCUUCACAGUAAGGAAGUACAUAAUAAAGAGAUUACAAAAAUGGCUUGUCCAUAUUGUCAUGUUGAGUACUCAUACGAAGGAAACUUGAUAAAUCAUUUGGAGAGAUGCAAAGAUUGUCCACCAGAAAGGAGACCUGCUCAUGUUUGUGGAAAUUGCGAUCAGAUUUUGCCAAAUAUCAAAGAAUACCAUGAACAUGCCAAAAAUUGUAAAGUACAACAAAAGAUAAAAUCUGAGAAGAAUGAAAAUAAAGAAAUUGCAAACAAAUUGCUAAAAUUGGAGGGAAAUGCUUUUUCAAAUUAUGAUGAAAAAUCUAGAAAUGCAGUACAUGUAUUAGAAUUGGAAGGUGACACUGAUUCUAAUGGAUGGUCAGACAAAGACGAUGGUAAAAAAUCCCAUUCAUCAGACAGAUAUGUCGGCUAUGUAAAAACUGAAAGAGCAAAAACCAAUAAAGAUAAACAUUCUAAUUACAUAGAUGGUCCCCAGAAAUGUAAAUAUUGUCCAGACAAGUUUGAAUUGAAGGAAGAUGCUGUAAAUCACAUAUUAGCUGUGCAUAAGAACUUGAUAACACGUAUGAUUACAGAGCCUCAAAUGUGUGAAGUUUGUGGUAUGAUAUUUAAGAAUCAGCUGUGUUUAUGUAAACAUAUUUCAAAGCACUAUAGUGAUCUUGGUAUGUGGGAUGUACUUGUGCCUCCCAACUUGUUAGAUAUUGUUAAAGUGAGGAGUUAUUGCUGGGUCUGCAAAUGCACGCUUCGAGGGAAAAUGAAACACCAUACUAAUAUGAGAAAUGAAAAUAUUGAUAGGCUUUUAGCUGCUGAAGGAAUGGAGAUGCAAGAAACAGAACCUUUUAAUUGUUCUCAGUGUGGUGACUUCUUCACUACACGAAAUGAUUUUUGGAAACACAUAAAAAUACACUUAUCGAAUCUUCCCAAAUGGUCACAUCAGCUUGUUGGAUCUUCGUCUUCUGGUAACAGUCCAAAUAAAAAUACUGAAGUUUCGGAAUGCAGUGAAUGUUCUCUAAAAUUUGCUGACAAAUCAGAACUUUACCAACACCUUGCAGUGCACUUCAUUGAACCAUACGCUCUACCCCGAACCUCUCACCGUAAGUUGGUUGACACAGACAGUAAUAGUGAUAAAAAUGGGGAUCUCUAUGAAGAUAGUAAAUUAUUAAUAGGCAGUGAAAAUGAAGCCACAGAUGAUGAAGCUGAGAGUAAUGCUAAUGUUUUCAGCUUGGAGGACUUUUGA